GGCCUUUUGAGCUCCUGGUCUCUGUGGCCUCCUGAGCUACACGAUUUGGGAGAUCCACAGCUAAGACGCCAGGACUCCCUGGAAGCCUAGAAAUGGGACCAUUGACAUUCAUGGAUGUGGCAAUAAAAUUUUCUCUGGAAGAGUGGCAAUUCCUGGACACUGCACAGCAGAAUUUAUAUAGGGAUGUGAUGUUAGAGAACUACAGCAACCUGGUCUUCCUGGGUGUUGAUGUCUCUAAGCCAGAUUUAAUCACCUGUCUGGAGCAAGGAAAAGAGCCCUGGAAUAUGAAGAGACACAAGAUGGUAGCCAAGCCCCCAGUUGUGUAUUCUCAUUUUGCCCAAGACCUUUGGCCAGAGCAGGGCAUAAAAGAUUCUUUCCAAAAAGUAAUACUGAGAAGCUAUGGAAAAUACGGACAUGACAAUUUACAAUUAAGAAAAGGCUGUGAAAGUGUGGAUGAAUGUAAGAUGCACAAAGGAGGUUAUGAUGAACUUAAGCAAUGUUUGACAACUACCCCAAGCAAAAUAUUUCAAUGUGAUAAAUAUGUAAAAGUCUUUCAUAAAUUUUCAAGUUCAAAUAGCCAUAAGAUAAGACAUACUGGAAAUAAUUCUUUCAAAUGUAAAGAAUGUGGCAAAUCAUUUUGCAUGUUUUCACACCUAACUAAACAUGAAAGAAAUCAUACUAGAGUGAAUUGUUACAAAUGUGAAGAAUGUGGCAAAGCCUUUAAUGUGCCCUCAAAGCUUGAUAAUCGUAAGAGAAUUCAUACUGGAGAGAAACCCCACAAACGUGAAGAAUGUGGCAAAACAUUUAAUGUGUUCUCAAGCCUUAAUAACCAUAAGAGAAUUCAUACUGGAGAGAAACCCUACACAUGUGAAGAAUGUGGCAAAGCCUUUAAUGUGUUCGCAAGCCUUAAUAUUCAUAAGAGAAUUCAUACUGGAGAGAAACCCUACAAAUGUGAAGAAUGCGGCAAAGCCUUUAACCAGCCCUCACACCUUGCUACACAUAAGAGAAUUCAUACUGGAGAGAAACUCUACAAAUGUGAAGAAUGUGGCAAAGUCAGCCAGUCCUCACACAUUACUACACAUAAGAGAAUUCACACUGGAGAGAAACCCUACAAAUGUGAAGAAUGUGGCAAAGCUUUUAAAGUAUCUGUACAUCUUACUACACAUAAGAAAAUUCAUACUGGAGAGAAACCCUACAAAUGUGAAGAAUGUGGCAAAGCCUUUAACCAAUCCUCAGCCCUUACUACACAUAAAAUAAUUCAUACUGGAGAAAAACUUUACAAAUGUAAACAAUGUGGUAAAGGUUUUAGCCAAUCCUCAACCCUUACUAAACAUAAGAUAAUUCAUACUAAAGAGAAACCCUACAAAUGUGAAGAAUGUGGUAAAGCUUUUAACCAAUAUUCAACCCUUAAUAAACAUAACAUAAUUCAUGCUAGAGAGAAACCCUACAAGUGUGAAGAAUGUGGCAAAGCCUUUAACAAGUCCUCAAUUCUUAACAGACAUAAGAUAAUUCAUACUAAAGAGAAAUCCUAUAAGUGUGAAGAAUGUGGCAAAACUUCUGACUAAUGCUCACACCUGAGUGCACGGGAACUAAUUUAUAUUUUAGACAAAUUGUACAAAUAUAAAGAACGUGAUGAAGCCAUUAAUAACUGCUCAUAUUUUAACAUCAGAGAGCUAAUACAAGCAUUAAAGGCGCAAUUACUGUCAAAAGAUCUUCCAGAAAAUAUAAGCCUUUAAAAUGUAUUGAAUUUAUUGCUGUAAAUUCUUAUGGCUUACCGUUCAGAAUCUCUUCAUGCAAAUUCUGUUUUUAC